GCUGAAUGCACGAGCGAGUGUGAAUCUAAUUGAAGCUGCGGAUCAUCGGAUCUCCGUCGAGAUAUCCGCGCCGAACGGUGGCCUGAAGCUCCGGCCGCGGCGUCGCGACUUGUGAAAAAGUGUGGCGAUUUAGUUAGCGUGGCCUGUGUGUUCUCCGUGCCUGGCGAUAGUGCAAAGAUAAAAGAAAAAGACAGAUAAGAUAGAGAAUGGCGAAACACAAGUCUCCCUGUGAUCGUCAGCGGCGUUGAUGUCGCCAGGUCGUUUUCCUCGAAAAACGUUUCUCGGCUUCUUUUUCCCGGUUCGAGAUUGACGCGCUUACGCUUCUGUUAAUCUCUUUUUUAAGUAACGCGCACGACGGUCGAAAGAGUAACGAAAGAGAGAAUGCAGAGGGAGACUGCAGUCUCGCAUUGUGUUCCCUCUGCUCUAAAGUGACAUUUGCGAUCGCUCCUUUGGCUAGUCGCACCAUUAAUACAGCAUCGGCAAGUGUGUGUCGUGUUGUCGUUGUCGUGUGGCUGCUGUUCGUCGCUGCUGAGUGGCUUACUGAAAAAAAUUAAAAAAAAACAUAAUAGCGCGGAAGUCGCUGCCCGCUUCAUAUUUCGUUUCUCGUUUCUCUAUUUGCGUAUUCGGAUCUCAUUCUAAUCGAUUGUCUCGUCUCCCAUAAUUUCAUCGUCAUGGAAACGCGAAGAAUGUCGAAUUGGAAUGUUCUGAGCGUGGAGGCCGCUGUGCAACAGCUCAACGCCCUCGAAGGGGAUGUUCCAGAGAAGAUAGUAAGGUGCCCUAAUACGACGAUCGAGAAGCUGCCGGACAAGGUGCUGCUGAACAUCUUCAGUUACCUGUCGCAUCGCGAGAUAUGUCGGGUCGCUCGUGUUUGCAAACGCUGGCGGCAAAUCGCGUACGACACGCGUCUCUGGAAGCACGUGUCGCUGAGGCCGGAAAUAAGCGGGCUUCACGUGGGUUCUCUGGAGAGCUUGCUGCAGUUAAUCAGCAUACGCUUCGGGCCGUCGUUGAGGUACAUCGAGUUGCCGAUCGAACUGAUCACGCAUACGGUCCUUCAUGAGCUAGCCAACAAGUGCCCAAAUCUGACGCAUAUGCUGUUGGACUUCUCCACCGCCAUGCAGCUGCACGACUUCUCGGAGAUGCAGACGUUUCCCGCGAAGCUCAAGUACAUGUGCAUUUGUCUGUCCGAGGUGAUCUUCAUGGAGGGUUUCAUGAGGAAGAUUUACAACUUCAUCAACGGCCUCGAGAUCCUUCAUCUAAUCGGAACCUACGAGAAAGUCGAGGAGGAGGAAGAAGAGAUUUACGAGGUGAUAAACGUGCACAGGCUCAAGUCGGCAACGCCGAACCUGAGGGUGAUCAAUCUAUACGGAAUCAACUUCGUGGACGACUCUCACAUCGACGCCUUCUCCUCCAAUUGUAUCCAACUUGAGUGCUUGGCGGUGAACUUUUGCUCUAAAGUCACCGGCUCCACCAUGAAGACGCUGUUUCAGCGAAGUAGGAGGCUGAGGUGCCUGCUGAUGCAAGGAACAAAUCUGCAGAGCGAUUACGUGAUGCAGGUCGAGUGGGAAAAGUCCAGCGUUCAAGAACUGGACGUUACCGCUACUGACCUGUCGACCGAUUGCCUGAUCGACAUGCUGACCAGGAUUCCCGGGCUUCGUUUUCUCAGCGCUGGUCAAUUGAACGGCUUUAACGACAGCGUUCUGAAAGCCUGGACCGAGGUCGGCAAUCCGCGUAACCUGAUAGCGUUGGACCUGGACAGUUCGGAUAACCUGAGCGACGACGCGUUGUACAAGUUCUUGUCGAGGCAUGGCCAUCAGUUAUACGGCCUCGCGUUGUCAGGCAUGCCGCACAUCACGGACCAACUUUGGCAAAGCGUGCUGCCGAUUCUCACCAACGCGAAGAUACUCGUGAUGGGCACUCAAGAGAGGCUGGGCGUCAACAUCCACGUGGACCAGUUGAUGGACGGCAUCGCCAACAAUUGUCCUGAUCUAGAGCGUUUAGAACUGCGAUGGGACCCGGAGAACUUGCGAUUCUCGGACAAGAGUCAGAAAGCCAUAGACAUCUUGCGCGUGAAGUGCAUCAAGCUGCGAUGCUUGAGCUUAAGCGACGGCAGAUAUUACGAGAUCGUGAAGGCAAACUUUGAGCGGGCCGACAGACUGACGGUCGUCAGGACAACCACUUGCUGCAGAGUGUCGAAUUACUAUCUCCUGCAAAACUACAAGGACCUGAUCUUCAACUGAGAGGCGCGUCGACGCGCCGAUAUAUGCCUAAGAGAGACAGAGAAGCGCCCCCAUGUUUUCUCUGCGACAGUACUAACGCAAAGAACCCUCGGCGACGUGGCGAAUAGAAGACGACAUAUCGAGCCUCUCGCAUUGUACAAUAAUAAAAAAAAGGAAAGAAUUUCUAAUAAUUCAUACCGCGAGCCAAUAAGGAGGACAUCGUUCUCAAUCUCUCGCGGACGAUAAGCUUCCGAAACUCUUCCCGAGAAGAAGGAACUCUCGUGAAGAACGCA